AAAAAUCUUUAGACUAAACGUCCUUCUUUGCUUCAUCUUUUUCUUUCAACAGUUCCUUCGUUACAGAUAUUUUUCUCCACCGAUGUCGAAAUCGAAAGCGGAAAACUCAAAUCAAUCAUAGGAUUUUUCGUUAUUCUGCUUCCUCGAUUACUUCGGAAUCGUCCAAAUCCCGAUUGGAGUUCAGUUCUGACGAUAAAAUCAUCUCUGCUCUCAAAUUUUGAAAGUUGCUUAGGCCUUACAACUCUCAACAAAAAGACAGAGGCACAUUAGAAACCAGUGGCAAAACAGAUUCAUUCCAAAGGCGAUCGAGAAUGGAGACAGAACACGUUGUUCGUAGGGUUAGGGUUUCUGAUGAUCACGAGAACCGUAAGAGCUCGCGACGUGAUCUUGAUAUCAUUGGUGGAGGAGAUAAGACUGGUGGAGUUUAUAUUCCUCCCUUCAAGCUAGGGCGCAUGAUGCGUGAUGUGAAAGACAAGAGCAGCGUAGAGUACCAACGUCUCACAUGGGAUGCUCUUCGUAAAAGCAUCAACGGGCUAGUGAACAAGGUUAACGCAAGCAACAUCAAGAACGUAAUCCCUGAACUCUUUUCUUAGAAUCUCAUCAGAGGCAGGGGACUCUUCUGCCGUUCUUGUAUCAAGUCUCAGAUGGCAUCACCUGGCUUCACUGACGUAUUUGCAGCUUUAGUCGCUGUUAUCAACUCCAAGUUCCCUCAAGUUGCGUUAAUUUUAUUGAAAAGGGUAGUUUUGCAGCUUAAGAGAGCGUAUAAGCGUAACGACAAGCCUCAGUUGCUUGCUGCUGUUAAAUUCAUAGCUCAUCUAGUAAACCAACAAGUCGCUGAGGGAAUCAUUGAUCUUGAAUUAGUCGCUAUUCUUCUUGAAAACCCUACUGAUGAAAGUGUCGAGGUGGCUGUUGUGUUCGUGACUGAGUGUGGCGCGUUUCUGCAAGACGUUACACCAAAAGGAGUGAAUGGGAUUUUUGAUGGGUUUCGUGGUAUACUGCAUGAGGGAGACAUUGAUAAGAGAGUUCAGUACUUGAUUGAAGAUCUCUUUGUUACUAGGAAAGAAAAAUUUCAGGGACAUCCGGCGGUUCGUCCAGAGCUAGAUCUCGUGGAAGAAAAAUAUUCACACGAUGUCUCUCUUGAUCAAGAACUUGAUCCUGAAACUAGUAUUGAUGUUUUCAGUCCUGAUCCUGACUUUGUUGACAAGGAAGAAAAAUACGAGGCGCUGAAGAAAGAGUUACUCGGUGAGGAGUCUGAAGAUGAAGAUGACGGCUGUGAUGAUAGUAAAGAGGAUAACAAUGAGGAGGAAGAUGAUGACUCUGAAGAAGAAGAAAUGAGAAUAAGAGACGAGACAGAGACUAAUCUUGUUGAUCUAAGGAGGACAAUAUACUUGACAAUUAUGUCAAGCGUUGAUUUUGAAGAAGCAGGUCACAAGUUACUUAAUAACAUUAAGCUCGAACCAGGACAAGAGAUGGAACUAUGCAUAAUGAUCUUGGAAUGUUGCUCUCAGGAGAGAACUUAUCUUCGUUACUACGGUUUGUUGGGUCAGCGUUUAUGUAUGAUCAACAAGAUCCAUCAAGCGAAUUUUGAGAAGUGCUUUGUUCAGCAGUAUGCCAUGAGUCACCGUCUUGAGACAAACAAGUUGCAUAACGUGGCUACGUUUUUUGCUCAUUUACUUGGCACAGAUGCUCUCCCUUGGCAUGUUCUUGCUUACAUUAGGUUAACCGAAGAGGACACAACUUCCUCAUCUCGUAUCUUCACUAAGAUCCUUUUCCUGAAACUAUCAGACGACUUGGGGAUUAAGGAACUUAAUGAGAGGCUUCAGGAUUCAGCAAUGCAGGAAUCAUUUGAAUCUAUCUUCCCUAAAGAUAAUCCAAAGAACACGAGGUUUGCGAUCAACUUCUUUACCGCCAUUGGUCUUGGAGGCAUCACAGAGAAUCUCAGAGAGUAUCUGAAGAACAUGCCACGCCUCAUCAUGCAAAAGCAGAAGCAAGUUGCGGAAUCAGAAUCAGGAUCUGACAGUUCUGGUUCUGAUUCAGACUCAUUAUCUUGUUCUAGUUCAGAUGAAAGCGACGGAGGGAAGAGGAAACGAAGAAGAAGAGCUUGAGACUGUUUUGUUUGUUAUCCCAACCAAAAUUCUUAUAUCUUCAAUAUGGUUCACAUCUUGUUUUGUUUUGGUUAUUCAAUUUGAAUUUUCAUGACAAAACUCAAUUGAGCAACCACUUUGUUCUGUUCUUGCAUAUCAAAAAAUGUCUAGUUGGUGCUUUUCAUGUGGUAGAACUAAAACAAGAUACAGAUUUUUAUUGAAGAGUGAGUGUUUUGGUC